CCUGGCAAACCGGCUUAAGUGUUGUAAGUCGUCAACUGCGCGCCAUUGACACAAAUUCGAAAUUGGGACACCGGGCUAAGGUUAAUUCAUUCAAAAGACAAACAACGCACAUCAACAGGAAACUAAAACUCCGGCUCUAAGUCAACAGGGGGCGUGGUCGAUAAGGGGGCGUGUGCAGGUGCAUGGCUAAUGCGAACGUCUGGCGAAAAAGUGGUAAAAGGCCAUGGACAAGGAAAUUCCGGACACAGUCUCUCCGGAAUGGCCAACUACUAUCGACGCAAGAAGGGUGACGCGGUGUUCCUAAACGCAAAACCGCUAAACAGUGCUAAUGCUCAGGCAUACUUGUACGGGGUACGCAAGUACUCCAUUGGAUUGGCGGAGCGAUUGGAUGCGGACUAUGAAGCUCCUCCGUUGGAAAGAAAAAAGAGCUCGGAAAGCACGGCUUCCAAUAACCCGGAAUUUACGCCGAGUGUUUUCUACAGGAACAUAGCUCCCGUCAAUUGGUUUUUGAGGAUUAUUGGAGUAUUACCCAUCGUGCGAAAUGGUCCCGCUCGUGCCAGGUUCGAAAUGAACUCCGCCUCCUUUAUUUACUCAGUGGUUUUCUUUGUGCUCUUGGCGUGCUACGUAGGCUAUGUGGCCAACAACCGCAUCCACAUCGUGCGAUCCCUGAGUGGACCCUUCGAGGAGGCGGUGAUCGCCUACCUGUUUCUGGUCAACAUCCUGCCCAUUAUGAUAAUACCAAUUUUGUGGUACGAGGCCAGGAAGAUAGCCAAACUCUUCAAUGAUUGGGAUGACUUUGAGGUGCUGUACUACCAGAUAUCCGGACAUAGUUUGCCCCUAAAACUGCGACAGAAAGCGGUAUAUAUUGCCACCGUGCUGCCAAUUCUCUCGGUUUUAUCGGUGGUCAUCACGCACAUCACCAUGUCGGACCUGAACAUCAACCAGGUGGUGCCCUACUGCAUCCUGGACAACUUGACUGCCAUGCUGGGUGCGUGGUGGUUCCUCAUCUGCGAGGCCAUGAGCAUUACGGCUCAUCUUCUGGCGGAGCGGUUCCAGAAGGCACUGAAACACAUUGGACCCGCUGCCAUGGUGGCGGACUAUCGGGUUUUGUGGCUUCGAUUGAGCAAGUUGACCCGGGAUACUGGAAAUGCCUUGUGCUACACCUUUGUUUUCAUGAGCCUCUACCUGUUCUUCAUCAUUACCCUUUCGAUUUAUGGACUAAUGUCCCAGCUCUCUGAGGGAUUUGGCAUCAAGGACAUUGGACUGACUAUAACUGCUUUGUGGAACAUAGGACUGCUCUUCUAUAUCUGCGAUGAGGCACAUUAUGCCUCGGUUAAUGUGCGAACCAAUUUUCAGAAGAAACUACUCAUGGUGGAGCUCAACUGGAUGAACUCGGAUGCCCAGACGGAGAUAAAUAUGUUUUUGCGAGCCACCGAAAUGAAUCCAUCGACCAUUAAUUGUGGUGGCUUCUUUGAUGUGAACAGAAGUCUUUUCAAAGGACUCUUAACCACAAUGGUCACAUAUCUGGUGGUCUUGCUGCAGUUUCAGAUCAGUAUCCCUACAGACAAGGGGGAUUCUGAAGGCGCUACUAAUAUCACCGUGGUGGACUUUGUUAUGGACAGCCUGGACAACGAUAUGAGCCUAAUGGGAGUCAGUACCAGUACUCCGAGUACCACCACUGCAGGAACCACUUUGCCACCGCCAAUAAUGAAGCAAAAGGGCAGAAAAGGAUAAUGGAACAAAUACUCUUAAGAAAUUAAAGAUAUUAUUAGGUAAUGUGCAUCUGUAGCUGAGGCCAAAUAAUAAAAGCACCGCAAAUUCAACAUUCCUAACAUUUUUCAAGCUGUACGAACAAUAUUUAAGUAAGUAUGGAACUAAUAAAAACACGUUCAUUAGAUAUGUUACAAUUUUUCACUUUUAUUUGAUAUUCAUACUUAUUUCGUUCUGUGCUACUAAAUAGAAAUACUUAAAAUAUUGCUAGUCAACAUAAUUUAAGGCAUAUUAUAGUACAAUAGUUGUAACUCUACAGAGAAUCUGAGCUUUAAACUUCGUUGCUAUUAUUUGAACGCUAA